AACUCAAUAGAAAAAUAAUGAAAAUAAGGGAACUGCGAUAUUUGGACGCGCAGAAAAGCCCAGAAUGGUGAAACCAUCACUCAGAUCUCCAAGCAAAUGGUGGAAACGUGUGGUGCAUCCAAAAUUUCCUAAAGGUCAGAAUCCAAGGACCUUGAGGAGGUGCUUACAACGUAAAAAGGCAGCAAAAAGACACCAACAGCAGAUUACAGACUCGGGAGGCAUGGCAGAACAGGCUCGGCCGCUCCCAGUAAGGAGAAAAUCAGUGUGGGUUCGUAAAGAAAAAUGGAGCACAUCUGGUCAGAAUUCUCCAGAAAAGGAGAAACCACCCAAAAGUCCAAUGUCACCUCGAGUUCUGGUUGUGGAAUCAAAUGAAGAAACUGGUUUGAAGGCGAAAUUUGACAUGUUAGAUAAAGUGAAAAAUUCAUCAGAUAUAAUCUGUUUUGAUUUGACUGAGGAAGAAGAAGUCAUUGAGAUCCCAGCUAAGGAAGAUGGUGGUAUGGAUUCAGCAGAUAAAAUCAUUUUCGAAAAACCAGAAGAGAGGAUGGCCAAACAUAUCAGGCCAUUAUACAUUCAUGCACAUCUGGAUGGUAUGCCGAUAAAUCGAGUUUUGGUUGAUAAUGGAGCAGCUAUCAAUGUUUUGCCAACUUGUAUUCUGCACAAAAUUGGCAAAUCUUUGGGUGAUUUAAUGGAGACAGAAGUGACAAUCAGUGACUUUACUGGUGGAGUAAAUUGCUCAAGGAGAGUUCUGCCAGUAGAACUUACCUGGAAGCUCGUUAUUAUGAUGAAGAUAUUGGGAUUAUCUGUUUCUUUGGGAUGGAUAGCUAUGACAGACAUUCUGGAAUUAUUGCUUGCACCAGAUCUGCAAGACCGCAUUAAGCACCAGAAAAAAGAGGUCGUGGAAGAAAUCAAGAGAAAAUUAGCGACCUACCUUGCUGAAAAACGGAUCUGCAUAGAUAGAUUUGAGGUAAUCUAUGAAGGGGAAGAGGAUAACUCAAAGGAUCAAAUAACACUUGAGGAAUUAGAUCUAGCACCAGCAAAACUUGAUGAUCUGAAGGCAGAAGUGCAAGAUCCCCUAGAGGAGGUAAAUCUGUGUACUGAGGUAGAUUCGAAAAUUACUUUUAUUAGUGAUUCUCUUGAGCCGUGUUUGUGUGAUAAAAUCAUCAGUAUCUUGCAUGAAUACAAGGAUUGUUUUGCUUGGGAUUAUUCUGAAAUGCCAAGUCUGGACAGAAAUCUGGUGGAGCACAGAUUACCCAUUAAAGAAGACUUUAAACCUUUCAAACAACCGCCCAGACGAAUGUCUCCAAAAGUUACUUUGAAGGUUAAAGAAGAGAUAGAGCGGCUGUUGAAGGUUGGUUCCAUCAAAACUUCCAGAUAUGUGGAAUGGUUAUCUAAUGUGAUUCCUGUAGUUAAAAAGAAUGGCAAGUUGAGAAUCUGUGUAGACUUCAGAAAUCUGAAUCUGGCAACACCAAAAGAUGAAUAUCCUAUGCCUAUUGCAGAUUUAUUGGUGAAUGGAUAUCUGGUGCAUGAGCGAGGUCUAGAAGUGGAUCAGAACAAGGCAAGAGCUGUUAUUGAAGUACAGCUGCCAAGAAGUGAGAAGGAGUUACAAAGAUUCCUUGGACAACUCUUGGAGGAAUUUGAUGAUGUAAUCUUGAGGCAUGUUACUCAAGAUCUGAACACAGAAGCAAAUGAGAUGGUCGAAAUCGCCUCAGGCUUAAAAAUCCUAGAAGGCGUGAUGAGCAGAAUUGUUGUUGUGGAAAAACGAAUUCUGCCAUCUAUUCACAUGCGUGGUAUGGCAAUUUCUGCUUGUUCCAUAGACGUAACCCAGAUAGAUUGGCGCUAUCCGAUCAUGGAAUACCUAAAAAAUCCAAAAUUUAAGGCCUCAAGAAUAACAAAAAUGCAGGCCUUGAAUUGUGUUUUGUUGGAAGAUGUUCUUUAUAGAAGAGGACAUGAUGAAUUACUUCUGCGUUGUCUUGGUCCAGAUGAGUACUGCCAGAUUAUGUCAGAUGUGCAUAACAGAAUCUAUGGUGCGCACCAAGCUGGAAUUAAAAUGAGAUGGCUAAUUCGCAGACAUGGAUUCUUUUGGCCAUUGAUCUUGAAAGAUUGCAUCAGCUAUGCUAAAGAUUGCAAAGCCUGCCAGAUUCAUGGACCACUACAGAAAGUUCCAGCAUCAGAACUCCAUCCAAUCAUCAAAUCAUGGCCAUUUCGAGGAUGGGCCAUAGAUUUGAUCGGUAAAGUUUAUCCUCCUUCAACUAGAUGGCAUUCUUUUAUUAUUGUUGCCACAGAUUAUUUUACCAAGUGGGUGAAAGCAAAGCCAAUGAAGAAGGUUGACCAGACCGAUAUUAUUAAAUUUCUUAAGGAAGAAAUCAUUCACAAAUUUGGUUUGCCAAAAAUAGUGACUUUAGAUCAGGGGACAGUUUUUGUUGGUGCACAAGUUGAGGCGUUUGCAAAAGAAAUGGGAUUUAGGUUACUCACUUCAACCCCUCAUUAUGCUCAAGCCAAUGGUCAAGCUGAAGCUUCCAACAGAAUUGUGAUAAAUCUGCUUGAAAAAAUGGUUGAUGAUAAUCCAAGGCGUUGGCAUGAGUUGUUAUCUAACACAAUCUGGGCUUACAGAACUUCACAAAGGAGUUCUACCAAGGUAACUCCUUUCUCUUUAACUUAUGGACAUGAUGUUGUUCUGCCCAUGGAGUUGUCUACUAGAUCAUUGCGUAUAGCAAUUCAACAUGGUCUCACUUUUGGAAAAUAUAAUGAAGCAAUGAUUCUAGAGUUAGAAGACCUUGAAGGAGAUCUGGUAUGGAAAGUAAUUCUACCACCUGGAAAGAAAGACCCCAGAUUUGGGAAAUGGUCUCCAAAUUGGGAAGGACCAUUUCGUAUACAUGAAGUGCUUAAAGGAGGAGCAUAUUGGCUUGAAUCAUUAAAUGGAGAGUUACAUCCUCGAAGGAUAAAUGGAAUCUACCUUAAGCCUUACUAUCCUAUGAUAUGGGAGGCUAGGGGUUCGGAUAUCAUUGGUUCUACUUGAGACAGAUUUGAGGUAGGAUUUGUACAAUAUUUUAUUUUAUUGUUUAGCAUUUUAUCAUUCAAUAAAAGUGCUGAGCCGAA